GCAGCCUGAUCAUCACAUGACUCGACGGCGGUAGCCGUGGCAGCAGGAGCGGCGGGUCCGCGGGCUCGCCGGGUGGGCUCAGCACCGCGCACGCAGGAGCGGGGCGCAGGGGGGCGGGGAAGGGACCCGCUGCAGCCGCCGCCCGCCAGCCGCUCCCGGGGCUCUCGCUGUCCCUCCCCAACCGCCCGCCCGCUCGCUCCAUGUCGCCCGGUUGCGGAAGUGUCGCCGGGAGAGGUGGCGGCGGCGGCGUCAGGGAGCACGGGAGGCCGGGGCUCGGCCCCCUGCAGCACUGAGCUCCCGGAGCCGCGCGUCCCAGCGUCCCCCACCGCCACCCGUGCGCCCCGCGCCCGCCGCAGCCUGCAUGCCCCGCGCUGCGCCUCGGCCGGCCGCCGCCUCCUGCUCGCUCAGCGGCUGCCUGGCGCCGGAGUAAUAUGCUCACUCGGGUGAAAUCUGCCGUGGCCAAUUUCAUGGGCGGCAUCAUGGCUGGCAGCUCCGGCUCCGAGCACGGCGGCAGCGGCUGCGGAGGCUCGGACCUGCCCCUGCGCUUCCCGUACGGGCGGCCGGAGUUCCUCGGGCUGUCUCAGGAUGAGGUGGAGUGCAGCGCAGACCACAUCGCCCGCCCCAUCCUCAUCCUCAAGGAGACCCGGAGGCUGCCCUGGGCCACCGGCUACGCAGAGGUUAUUAAUGCUGGGAAGAGCACACACAAUGAGGACCAAGCCAGCUGCGAGAUACUCACAGUGAAGAAGAAAGCCGGGACCAUUACUUCCACCCCGAACAGAAACUCCAAAAGAAGAUCAUCCCUUCCCAACGGGGAAGGCCUGCAGUUAAAGGAGAACUCUGAGUCCGAGGGCAUCUCCUGCCACUACUGGUCCCUGUUUGACGGCCACGCAGGCUCGGGGGCUGCCGUGGUGGCAUCGCGCCUGCUGCAGCAUCAUGUCACACAGCAACUUCAAGACAUUGUGGAGAUCCUGAAGAACUCCGCCAUCCUUCCUCCGACCUGCCUGGGGGAGGAGCCAGAGAGCACCCCGGCCCACGGCAGGACCCUAACCCGCGCAGCCUCAUUGCGUGGAGGUGUGGGUGCCCCCGGCUCCCCCAGCACACCACCCACGCGCUUCUUCACUGAGAAGAAGAUUCCGCAUGAGUGUUUGGUCAUCGGGGCCCUGGAAAGCGCCUUCAAGGAAAUGGACCUUCAAAUUGAACGAGAGAGGAGUGCGUAUAACAUAUCCGGUGGCUGCACGGCCCUCAUCGUGGUUUGCCUUCUGGGGAAGCUCUACGUAGCAAAUGCUGGCGACAGCAGGGCCAUAAUCAUCAGAAAUGGAGAAAUCAUCCCCAUGUCUUCCGAAUUCACCCCUGAGACGGAGCGCCAGAGACUUCAGUACCUGGCGUUCAUGCAGCCUCACUUGCUGGGAAAUGAAUUCACACAUUUGGAGUUUCCAAGGAGAGUACAGAGGAAAGAACUCGGGAAGAAGAUGCUGUACCGGGACUUUAAUAUGACAGGCUGGGCAUACAAAACCAUUGAAGAUGAUGACUUGAAGUUUCCCCUCAUAUAUGGAGAAGGCAAGAAGGCCCGGGUAAUGGCAACUAUUGGAGUGACCAGGGGACUUGGGGACCAUGACCUGAAGGUUCAUGACUCCAACAUCUACAUAAAACCAUUCCUGUCUUCAGCUCCAGAGGUAAGAGUCUACGAUCUCUCCAGACAUGAGCAUGGCGCAGACGACGUGCUGAUCCUGGCUACUGACGGACUCUGGGAUGUCUUAUCAAAUGAAGAAGUAGCAGAAGCAAUCACUCAAUUCCUUCCUAACUGUGAUCCAGACGACCCUCACAGGUACACACUGGCAGCUCAGGACCUGGUGAUGCGUGCCCGAGGCGUCCUGAAGGACAGAGGAUGGCGGAUAUCGAAUGACCGACUGGGCUCAGGAGAUGACAUUUCUGUAUAUGUCAUUCCUUUAAUACAUGGAAACAAACUGUCAUGAAAGUGACCCAGGGGACUAGGAAGACAGAAGGGAAGAAAACUGGGGUGCCUCCGAGCAGGGCGGGACCGGGGAGUGCCUGGGCUGGAUUCCAGGUGAUGCAGAUUUUUCCCAGCCCAGAUGGGGAGUUUGCUGCCAAAAGGCCUCUGGCUUUGCUUCAAGGCGACCCUUAGGUUUCCAUUUCUUCUUUGGUAACAGGUCUGGACACUGAAUAAGACCAAAACACAAA